UCUAGGUGCGCGGCGGCCCCCAGGCAGCCGGCACAGUGCCCGCCCCGCCGCCACGAUGCCCAAGAGGAAGGUCAGCUCCGCCAAGGGGGCGGCGAAGAAGGAGCCCAAGAGGAGGUCAGCUAAACCCGCUCUUGCAAAAGUGGAAACGAAGCCAAAAAAGGCGGCGGGAAAGGAGAAAUCUUCAGACAAAAGAGUGCAAACAAAGGGGAAAAGGGGAGCAAAGGGAAAACAGGCUGAAGUGGCUAACCAAGAAACAAAAGACUUACCUGCAGAAAAUGGAGAAACUAAAAACGAGGAGAGUCCAGCCUCUGAUGAAGUAGGAGAGAAAGAAGCCAAGUCUGAUUAGUAUCAUAUCCCAUGUCUUACCAGUGGUCCCUGUCUCCCUUCUUGUACAAUCCAGAGGAAUAUUUUUAUCAACUAUUUUGUAAAUGCAAGUUUUUUAGUAGCUCUAGAAACAUUAUUAAGAAGGAGGAAAUCCCACCUCAUCCCAUUUUUUAAGUGUAAAUGCUUUUUUUUUUAAGAGGUGAAAUCAUUUGCCGCUGUUUAUUUUUUGGCACAACCAGAAAAUAGUGGGAUAUUGAAUAUGGGAGGCUUUGAUUGUCUUGGGUGUCAGCUUAACAUUCAUAGAUGGGGUAGUUUUUAUAUCCUAUAAUACCAAGCAUACUAAAUGGCAACUUGGAGUCAGUUGUGCAUUUAAUAUGUCUUGGACAUUUUAAAUUACUUCUAUUCCCAUGUUGUUUAUGCUAGAAUUGUUUCCUAAAGAAAACCACUCCUUGAUCUUGGCUCUCCCUGUCAGAAUUUUGUGCAUUCUGUAACAUGUUGGUUGUGGUAGUCCAGUUUCCUAGUAACCUUGUUAAUGUCUUGUGCAAGAUUGAAAAUUUGAGUAUGUAGUGUAUAUGACAUUAAAUUGUGAAUUAAUGGGA